AGUGAGGCAGUAGCUGCCUUCUCUCCACAGCAAACAAAAUUCCAGCACGAGCACACGCAAGCACCACAGACCCAGAGGUAGCAGCUUCCGAUACCAUGGAGCGAUGGAGGAGAGGCGGCUGCCUGCUCACCGUAGCGCUGGUGGCGGCCAUGGCGGUGGUGUCCGGCGAGGCGAAGCUGUCGCCGGGCUACUACCGGUCGACGUGCCCCCGCGUGGAGUCCAUCGUGCGGGCGGCGGUGGCCAGGAAGGUGAAGGAGACCUUCGUCACCGUCCCGGCCACGCUCCGGCUCUUCUUCCACGACUGCUUCGUCCAGGGCUGCGACGCGUCGGUGAUGAUCGCGUCCGUCACCAACGACGCCGAGAAGGACGCGCCGGACAACCAGUCCCUCGCCGGCGACGGCUUCGACACCGUCGUGCGCGCCAAGGCUGCGGUCGAGAAGGCCUGCCCCGGCGUGGUCUCCUGCGCCGACGUCCUCGCCCUCGCCGCCAGGGACGUCGUCACCAUGUCGUCCGGCCCGCGCUGGACCGUGGAGCUCGGCCGGCUGGACGGGCUCGUCUCCAAGGCAACCGACGUCGCCGGCAAGCUGCCGGGGCCGGACAUGCAGCCCGACACCAUCGCCGCCAUGUUCGCCGACAACAACCUCACCGUGGACGACAUGGUCGCGCUCUCGGGCGCGCACACCGUCGGCUUCUCCCACUGCACGCGCUUCGCCGGCCGGCUCUACCGCUCCAGCGCGGCGGCGGGCCCGUCGUACUACAGGGCGUCGUACGCGCGGCAGCUGAUGGCAGCGUGCCCGCGCGACGUCGGACCGACCAUCGCCGUCGACAUGGACCCCGUCACGCCCACCGUCUUCGACAACACCUACUAUGCCAACCUCGCCGGCGGCCUCGGGCUGUUCGCCUCCGAUCAGGCGCUGCACGACGGCGCCGCGUCGCGGCCCGCAGUGGAGGGGUUCGCCGGGAACCAGACGCUUUUCUUCGAGGCGUUCAAGGAGGCCAUGGUCAAGCUCGGGAGAGCUGGGGUGAAGAGCGGCCGGGGCGGGGAGAUCAGACGAGACUGCACCGCCUUCAACUAGCAGUAACAAGUACACUUGUGAUCGAAAUGUAGACAUUUUCUUCCCAAGAAAACGCCAAAGGUGUUCAUGGACACGCCACCUCCUCCCCAGCACAUCCCAUACUCCUUCCCGCCGGGUGAAACCAGGCAUCAUAGUGGAUAAUUCAAAUGAUUUAGUAGUGGAUAGUUUAAAUUAUCUGGCAUUCGUAUUCGAAAAGUCGAAAAUGGAUGUGGUAGUAUGAAAAACAAUGGAAAUGGAUGUGCUAAUUCUUUUUACAAAACAAAUGUGGUGCUCAAUUUUGAAACAAAUGUGGAUAUACAAAUCGUUU